AUGUUGGUGUCAAUAUAUAUAAGUGAUUAUAAUUAAUAAAGUAACAUAAAAUUAAUUGUCAGAGUUAUCAAAAUGGGAAUACCUUGUUCAUCACAAAGAAAAACCACAUUUUAAUAAGAGUAGAAUGGUAAAUGUAAAAAUUUAUCAUAAAUUAAUGAAACAGAUUAAUAGAUUUCAAUUAGUAAUGGAAUUUCUUACUUUUUAAGAAGAUUAGAUUAAUUUAAUAAAUAAGAUCAACCGCAUGAAACUAAAUAGUUAGUUUCAUUCUUUGAAAAAUAAUAAUAAUGGUUAGAAUGGAAAUUAGAAUGUGAUAUUGCUUUCAUAAUUGAUUUAACAACAAAAAAUGAUAAAAAAAGAAUAAGACUAUUAAAAGAAUUAUUAGCUGAUAAGGAGAGACAUUAGUCUAGAUUUGGAAUUAUUUAUCUUGGAAAUGAGAAAGCUUAGUUUGAUUUAAUAGAUGACUCUGAAGAAACAACUUAUAAUCUAUAAAAAUAACUAUAAAAUCUUAAAUUAGAUGACUGGAUAAAUAUUUUUAAAGCUCUCAGAGCUCAUAUAAUUUUUAAUAAAGAGUAAAUCUUACCUUCAAUUUAUAUUUUGAGUGAAAAUAAAUAGUCUUAAAAUGAUGAUUCAAUUUUAGAAGUUGUUGAUAACUUAUUAGAGGAUACAUGUUAAAAACAUUCUCUAAAUUUUCAUUGUAAUAGUUAUAAAGUAGAAGAUAAAGAUUUUUAUAGUGAACAAGAACUAAAAUUAUGA